AUGGCAUCUUCCAGAGUGAUUUACCUUCUCUGUCUCCUUGUCAUGCUCAUAUCUCAAACCAACGCCCAGCCAAGUUUCUUAUACCAUUUCUGCAUGUAUGAUGAAGGCAACUACACUGCAAAAACAGUACCUACCAGACCAACCUCAACACCCUCUUGUCAAGUUUGUCUUCCAACCACACACAAAUUGAUUAUGGCUUCUACAAUUUCUCUCAGGGCCAAAACUCUGACAAAGUUAAUGCAAUUGGGAUGUGUAGAGGAGAUGUUGAGCCAGAUGUUUGUCGAAGCUGCCUUAAUGACUCCAGAGUCAUUCUCACACGAAGUUGUCCAUACCAGAAAGAGGCUAUUGGCUGGAAAGAGCAACACAACACCAAUUGUCAUUGCGGUAGUUGUGUUAAUUGUAGCCAUCGCUGUACUAGUCAUCUCUGUGUGCAUCUUCUUAAGAACACGGAAGCAAAGGACUGAAAGGAGACGACAUAUUGAUGAUACUGAUAGUAAGACAAAGCACUGUCUUCAUGGUAAGCUUUCCAAUGGACUAGAGGUUGCUGUGAAAAGGUUGUCUACAAAUUCAGGACAAGGGGAGACAGAAUUCAAGAACGAGGUGCAGUUGGUGGCCAAGGUACAACACAGAAAUUUAGUCAGGCUACUUGGUUUCAGUUUGGAAAGAGAAGAGAAGUUACUGGUCUAUGAGUUUGUUCCCAAUAAAAGCCUUGACUACUUUAUUUUUGAUCCAGUUAAGCUUGCACAUUUAGAUUGGGAAAGGCGGUAUAAAAUCAUAGGAGGCAUUGCCAAAGGCCUUCUUUACCUUCAUGAGGAUUCAAGACUGCGUAUUAUUCAUCGCGAUCUCAAAGCAAGUAACAUUCUCUUAGAUGAAGAGAUGAAUCCUAAGAUAUCGGAUUUUGGAAUGGCAAGAUUGUUUGCUGUGGAUCAAAGUCAAGGUAACACAAGUAGAGUUGUGGGAACAUUAGGAUAUAUGGCUCCUGAGUAUGUCAGGGAAGGAUUACUCUCAGUGAAGUCAGAUGUUUAUAGCUUUGGCAUACUGGUUCUAGAGAUUUAUAAGAAUAGGGGUGCAUUUGAGUUACAGUUUAAUUAA